AAGAAAGAAGAUUACAAGUGGAAGUAACACGAAGGAAAGGAACUAUUUCUUUGUCUUUUACUCAAUCUUCUUCUUCCUCGAUGAUCUCUAGCUAAUAGUCAAUAUCAGUUUUGAAUUGAUUCUUCUUGAUUCUAGCUAGCUAGCUAGCUAAUUGGAUAAUUCGAGAUCCAUAUCAAACCAAAGCAGAUAAAUUAAAUGUAUGUGAAUAGGAAUAGCAGCUAUAGCAGAGGAGGAGGAGAAGUAUCAAAAAGAAGUAUAGUGCAUGAUCUGAUACCUCGAAAAUGGGCGUUUUUGCUUUGCAUUGGCUGCUUCUGCGCCGGCAUGCUUUUCACAACCAGCAGAACAUGGACAAUGCCGACAGAGUCCAAAGAAGGCAUGAUUAGAACAACAACUGUUGAAGCUGAAAAACUCAAACUGAUUUCAGAGGGCUGUAAUAUAAAAUCUUUAUACGACAAGGAUGUAAAGCCAGAGCCAAAAGACAUUAUAGGCCAAGUAUCCAAAACUCAUCGUGAUGUACAAAGUCUGGACAAAACAAUUUCACAUCUAGAGAUGGAAUUAGCGGCUGCAAGGGCUCAACAGGAGUCUAUGGUGAACGGAUCUCCCUGGUCAAAUGACAUGAAAAUUGAAAAAACCAGAAAAAGAAGAAGAUACUCUGUUGUUGUAGGAAUAAACACAGCAUUUAGCAGCAGGAAGAGAAGGGAUUCCAUUCGUGAAACAUGGAUGCCACAAGGUGAAAGAAGGAACAAGAUGGAAGAAGAGAAGGGUAUAAUUAUUCGCUUUGUCAUCGGUCAUAGUGCCACUGUGGGUGGCAUACUCGAUAGAACAAUUGAAGCAGAGGACAAGAUACACAAAGAUCUAUUGAAGCUGGAUCAUGUAGAGGGUUAUCUGGAGUUGUCGGCUAAGACAAAAAUAUAUUUUGCUACAGCAUUAUCCUUGUGGGAUGCAGAUUUUUAUGUCAAGGUUGACGAUGAUGUCCAUGUAAAUAUAGCAACCUUAGGGGAAAUCUUAGCAAGAUACAGGAAAAGGCCGCGUGUAUACGUCGGGUGUAUGAAAUCUGGUCCUGUCCUAGCUGAAAAAGGUGUUAGGUACCAUGAACCCGAGUUUUGGAAGUUUGGCGAGCCGGGAAACAAGUAUUUCCGACACGCGACUGGACAAAUAUACGCAAUUUCACACGAUCUGGCCACUUAUAUAUCAAUAAAUCAACAUCUGCUGCAUAAAUUUGCGAAUGAAGAUGUUUCCUUGGGAUCUUGGUUCAUCGGACUUGACGUCCAACAUGUAGAUGAUAGACGACUAUGUUGUGGAACCCCACCAGAUUGCGAGUGGAAGGCUCAGGCGGGAAACGUUUGUGCGGCUUCGUUCGACUGGACUUGCAGUGGGAUAUGUAAGUCUAUUGAGAGGAUGAAAGAAGUGCAUCGAAGAUGUGGAGAAAGUCACAAGGCAAUAUGGAAUGCAACAUUCUAAAAUGAACUUAUAUUAUAAUAUGCAUAAUGUUCCUUCCAAAAAGUACUCUGUUGGAAAGGAAUCAAGAAGCAUCUCCUGCUAGCUAAUAUGUGUAUGUAAUGCAUGCAACUAGAGAUCGAUCUAUCGAUUCGAUCUAAAUGUAAAAUGUGUAUACAUGUGAGAGAGAAAGAAAAAAGCAAGCAAGAGAGAUUUGUAUUUUUAAAUGUAGAUUGAGAAGGGUAGUAGUAUAUAGUAUAUAUAUAUAGU